GCUAUUACUAGUAGUAGUAGAUUUGCUCAACUUCGUUUUCCGAAACAAUACACGAGCCAAGAAAAAAAAAAAUCUCUUUCGAAAGAAAAGCAAGCCCAAAGAUUGCAUUUUUCGGCUUCAAAAAUAGUGAAAAUGGCGACCAUCCAAUCUGCUGCACUCAAUCUUGCACCAGCUAGAAGAUUUAAACCAUUUAUGGGUACUUCUUCUCUUGGUUCUUCCAGUUCUGUAUUCUUCAAUAACAAUAUCAACGACCGUGCCAAUCUGAGCCUGGUUCUUGGUGGGUCCAGAAGAAUUAGCAGGAAUCAGAAAAAGGGGAUGUCUUGUAACUGUUUGUUCGGGCUUGGGGUGCCGGAGCUGGUGGUCAUUGCUGGGGUAGCUGUCCUUGUUUUCGGGCCUAAGCAGCUGCCGGAAGUUGGCCGCAGUAUUGGGAAGACUGUCAAGAGCUUCCAACAGGCAGCAAAAGAAUUUGAAUCAGAACUGAAAAAGGAUAAUGAUUCUCCCAUGGAGUCACCUGCUGAAAAUAUUACAACAGUGAGUGAAGAAGAGAAGCAAGAGGCCAAAGCAUCGAGCAUGGAGAGUUCUUAAAUUUGUAGACAUUCUUAUGCUGUCUUUAUAAAGCUGCUUGUAUGGAACACUUGUUCUAGUUACUUAUUAAGUUGUAGCUUAAUGUUAUGGAUUAAAUCCUUUUGUUACUUAUUAAGUUGUAGCUUAAUGUUGUUAUGGAUUAAAUCCUUUUGGCCCAAGUCGAGAGCAUUCAUCUUGGGUCAUAUUCAACUGGAAUGAUAGAAAUAGGUUUUUUAUUCUCUUUA